AUGCCCGACCAUAUCUACUCACAUUCGUUCGCGCAAUUCCUCAGGAACGCUGAUAAUUCUGUGGUCAACAUCAAUCCAUAUCCCUACGUUGCUUUUGAAGACGUGUUUGACGAUACCUUUUUGCGAGAAUGCCUCAAAGAACUCAAGAGCUAUUUGACGGCGCAUUUCAAGGAGACCGACUUGUUCAAAGUUUUUCAGACAACGGAUUUGGCAAAUCUAGAGGAUUGCAUCAGGGACGCGCAUACAAACGUGCCCAACUUGAUUCGGCUUCGAGAGCACUUGUAUUCUCCUGGAUUUCGAGGUUUUGUUUCCACUGUUACAGGCACCGGUCCGCUUGAUGGAGCGGUCGAUUGCUCCUGCAACAUUUAUACAUCUGGUUGUCACCUUCUUUGCCACGAUGACGUGAUCGGCACUCGAAAAAUUUCUUACAUCAUAUAUCUAUCCGAUCCGGACUGUGACUGGCUUGCUGUAGACGGAGGACAACUUGAGUUAUACGCAAGCGAUCGGCGCACGGUACCAACUCACACGCCUGUGGUUUCCAUACUUCCAAGUUGGAACUCCAUGGUCAUGUUUGAGGUUUCGCCUGGGCGUAGCUUUCACGCUGUCCGAGAAGUGAGUGCAGAGAUGAAAACGAGAGUAAGCAUUUCGGGUUGGUUUCAUACAAAAGAACGCCAUAUUAAGAGAAACCAGAGAGAGACGUCAACGUUGGACCAACUCCACUCAAUGAUUCCAGCUACACACGCGGAGUGGGCAGUUCUCCACGUUAAUCGUGUGUUAUCUCCUUCUUACUCACUUGUACAGGACCUCACUAAGUGGAUCAAUCCAGAAUACCUGCGUUCGGAAAGUGUGAAACGAGUCCGACAGGUAUUCGAGGCUGAUGGCUCAGUUCAGUUAUUCAAUUUCCUUUUGCCCCAUAUAGCUGAGCCGAUUAAGAGAAAACUAAACCGUGAAGAUUGCCGAAAUAGUAGACACCGCUGCAUGUAUGAUCACGGCUAUGGGGACAGUUGGGUUGUUCAAGGCCCUCCACACGUUCAGCGAUAUUUAAGCUACCAACCCCUUGAAUGCACUCUUGCAAACAAGCGAAGCAACAGUGGUGAAUUGUUAAAAAAGCUGAUGUGCGAUUUAUUUGAAUCUUCUUCUUUUCAAAACUGGGUUAGAGCCGUAACCGGUAGUGUUUGCGAUCUUGCACACUCUGAGGUCCGGCGCUUUCGCCCGGGUUUUGAUUACACCCUGGCACACGCCGGUACAAAACGUUGCAGCUCUGAAAUAGAUGUGACACUUUGUCUUACAAGCGGUCCAAAUCCUGCUGAAUGGCUAUCCGGUGAUCUUGGAGGCUUCAAGUGUUUCAUCCCGAUCGGUUCCAAGAGCGAUCGAGCAGAUGUAUACGAGGAAAUAGGGGAAGAACAGAACAUGCGCUCAGUCACUCCAUCGUUCAACUGCCUUUCACUCGUAAAGGUCAACACUGGAAUUGGUGACUUCGUGAAGUAUGUUUCAACUUCAGCUAAGAGUAGCCGCUGGGAUAUUGUUUGCCGUUACUCUACAUGA